AUGUACUUUGACAUCAAUAGUCUGUGCAGUCUCCAGAUAAUUGUACAAACAGAGAACGAUGUUGCGGUCAUCACACCCUGGCAGAACCAGAUGGACGAAGCAAAAAAUUCCGUUCACCUUGAAGUAUUAAACUACAUCGAAAAAUAUGAAAAGCUCGAGAAUGCACCCGCAGACGAAGGCCACGGAAUUAACAGACUGCAUCAGUUUGUGGAGGCAUAUGGAUGGAGGCUCCUUUCAAUUUGUCUCCAUGCCGAAUCUUUCCGUCGAGCAUUCAGAAAUACUAAAGAUAGGGUCUGGAAUACACUGUUCUCGUUUAUUGGUGAGAACCAGCUCAGUCUCGAAGUUUUUGCAAUUUCCCGUCAACUUCAGUGGCGUGACCCUCUCGAGUAUGUUCGUGUGACAAUCAAGAAACUUAACGGCUUGCCAUCCUUGAUGGAGGCGCUUUCCGAGCAGUCUAAUUGGGGAUCUCAGAUCACUCACCCGCACGACGUUGCCAUUACACUCAAUGGCGAGGUGCAAAAUACAUACUUCAAGGGUAAACCCCGAACCGUCAUCUACGAGAAUUUCUGGAAUUCUGCGAAAUGGAGUUCCCCAGAUCCAACGCUCCGAACAUCACUCACCAAUGUUGUGGAUUGUAUCUUCUGCUUGAGUAAAGAGCCCUGCGCCUGUCGCUUGGUGCCCCUAGCAGGAGGUAUGGUUGAGCUAAGGGAAUACCCACUGAAGGGUAUUGGCGUUCGUACGCUAGCCAAUUUUAAAAGGGAUGACAUUCUCGACGUGUUUGUCGGUGAAAUAUAUCCAUCCGAGGAGAUUUGUGAUGAUGACCCGGAUCAGGCUUAUGCUCUCACUCAAUUCCCCAACGAGCGUGAUCCUGGUGUUGCAGAGAUUCUUCCCCAUUUCAAGGGCAAUUGGACUCGGUUCAUCAAUCACUCGUGCCAGCCUUCAACGUGUUUCAUGACUCGCCAUGUUGGAGACCGAGUGGUAACAACAGUAGAAGCCAUUCGCCACAUCUCGGUCUUUGAAGAGCUUACUAUCAAUUAUGGUGAUAGUUAUUGGAUGGGAGAAGACAGAGAGUGUCAAUGCAAGCAUUGGAAUUGUAUCUCUAGGGUUUGA